UACAAUGUACAGGAGAAGAAAUCAUUGACAUUGUUAACAUUCUCCGGCUGACUGUUUCUGAGUGGGAAUUUGAAUUUUUAAAAUUCAUCUGACGACAUCAAACAAGGACAAAGCAAUUUUUGUUCACUAAGUGGAAUGGAGAAACAGAAUAAAGAUAACAGAUCACUACAAAGGCAAGUACUUCUCUUAUUUUUCUCUUUAUUUUGCAAAGCUGCCUCAGAAAACAUUCAGUAUUUCAUCCCUGAAGAAAUGGGGAAAGGCUCUAUUGUAGGGAAUCUUGCAAAAGACCUGAGCCUGAAAACUGGAGAAAUAAAAAAUAGCAAUCUACAUAUACUUUCUCUAGGUGAAAAUCAGUAUUUCACUAUCAGUGCAGAAAAUGGGAAUCUUUAUGUAAAUGAUAGAAUUGACAGAGAAGAAAUAUGUGGGGACAGUAAAUCCUGCCCCAUCAGUUUUAAGGUAAUGUCUGAAAAUCCUAUGAAUAUUUUUCAUAUAACUGUAGAGAUCCAGGACAUUAAUGACAAUGCACCAAAUUUUCUGGAUGGUGAUAUCAAGCUACAGAUCAUUGAAUCCACUUUACCAGGAACCACAUACAUCUUGGAGCAAGCUGAAGAUCCUGACGUUGGGGUAAAUGGUCUACAGGAUUACCAUCUUAACAAUAAUAAGUAUUUUACUUUGGAUGUUAAAGAUAGAGAAGAUGGGAAGAAAUAUGCAAAAUUAGUAUUGGACCAACAGUUGGAUCAUGAAAGUGAAAGUACUUUCCACUUAAUCUUCAUGGCUUUGGAUGGAGGGAAGCCUCCAAAAACAGGGACAGCCACAAUAUGGAUUACAGUCAUCGAUGCCAAUGACAACCCACCUGUCUUCACUCAAGAACUGUACAUGGUGAACCUGAAAGAGAAUGCACCAAUUGGGUCUUUAGUGGUACAAGUGAAAGCCACAGACAGAGAUGCAGGUUCAAAUGGCCAGAUCAACUAUGGUUUCAGAAACAUCCCUGAACGUGCUCGCCAGAAAUUCAACUUAGAUUCACGAAAUGGGAAAAUAACAAUUAAUGAAACUCUGGACUUUGAGAAAACAGAGAAGUAUGUGCUGACAGUAGAAGCAAGAGAUGGAGGUGGAUUAGUAGCUCACGCUAAUGUUGAAAUAACACUAAUAGAUGAGAAUGACAACACUCCAGAAGUUAUUCUUGCCUCACUAUCCGGUCCAAUACCUGAAGAUUCUGCAGUAGGAACUCUGGUAGCUCUUAUCAGUGUAAAUGAUAAAGAUUCUGGGGACAAUGGUGAAAUUACUUGCCAUUUAAUAAGGGAUAUGCCUUUCAAAAUAGAGUCAACUAACAAUGAUUUCUAUAAGCUUCUUACAGAUGGCCCUCUGGACAGGGAAAGCACUCCAGAAUACAAUAUCACAAUCACAGCAACAGAUAAAGGCACACCUCCUCUUUCAACAGAGAAAACCAUCUCCCUGAAGAUUUCAGAUAUCAAUGACAACUCUCCUGCCUUUGAGAAAUCCUCUUACACUGCCUUUGUGCCAGAGAACAAUCCUGCAGGCACCUCCAUUUUCCAUGUUCAUGCCUCAGAUCCAGAUCUGGAACGCAAUGCCAAAAUCACUUACUCCCUCCUCAAAAGCAACAUUCAAGAGCUGCCUCUCUCAUCUUACCUCUCCAUUAACUCUGAAACUGGCAUCAUCUAUGCUCAGCGCUCCUUUGACUAUGAACAGUGCAGAGAGUUUCAGGUGGAGGUGAGGGCCCAAGAUGGAGGCUCCCCACCCCUCAGCAGCACUGCCUCUGUGAAGGUCUUUAUCCUGAACCAGAAUGACAAGAGCCCUCAAAUCCUUUAUCCUUCUCAGGGAGCGGAGGGCUCAGCCUUGUUUGAGAUGGUGCCUCGCUCAGCGGAGGAGGGCUAUCUGGUGACCAAGGUGGUGGCGGUGGAUGCUGACUCUGGGCACAAUGCUUGGCUCUCUUACCAUCUGGUCCAGGCCACUGAGCCAGGGCUCUUCACAAUUGGGGUCCAUAAUGGUGAGAUCAGGACAUCCCGGACAUUUUUGGAAAGAGAUGCUCUCAAGCAGAAGCUGGUAAUCUUAGUGAAGGAUAAUGGCCAGCCACCACUAUCCAGUACUGUGAGUCUCAAUCUGGUCUUUGCUGAAAACUUCCAAGAGGCUCUUCCAGAAAUUAACAGCCAAUCCAGAGACCCAGAGUAUCAGUCGGACCUCCAGUUUUACUUGGUUCUUGCCUUGGCUUUGAUUUCAUUCUUGUUCCUUCUGACAGUGAUUCUGGCCAUCCUUACAAAGCUUCGAAGAGCAGGGAGCCCCAAAUUCUUGCAAUGUUUUGGUCCUGUUCCCCAUUCAAACAAUGCUGUCCUAUUCCCACCAAACUAUGAAGAAGGGACAUUGCCUUACUCCUAUCAGCUCUGUUUAUCCUCUGAGUCCAGGAUACAGGAAUUUAGCUUCCCAGCACCCACUACUCAAACUGCAGAGAAUAUUGCCUGUAAUCGGAAGUCUGAUGUUCUUUUGACCACUGAUCAAGGAAAUAUCUUAAAUAUAGGAAUGGAUCAAGCUAAUGUGCCUCAGAGUGCCACUGUUGGGCAGCAAAGAAGAACUGCCAAGACAAGAAUGCUUAAUGUAGUGAAACUGCUUAUUCACUGGGAAAUAGCAGAACACAGGGACAUGGUGAUUUUUAUUUCAGAGAAAAGCAAACACUACAAUGUAUAG